CUUGAAUCAUUGAAAUUUAUCAUUAGAAAUGGAAUCACCCCAAAGUGCAGAUUUGAGCUUCGAAAGACUGACUAUCCCUGAUUUCUCAGAGAUAGAGUCCGAGCAGUUCAAAAGAGAAGCUGUUGUUCCCUACUUUAGGGAUAUUUAUAAAGAUCUGGCUUCUAGAUCUGAUAAUAAGGCUGCUGGUAUUAAUAAGGUCACUAUUAUUGAAUACUGACACUUUCCAGGAGUUUUGGCAGACAGAUUCUUCUCCCUCCUUGAUGACAACAAGGACGAAUAUAUUGACGUACAGGAGUUUAUUUACGUCCUGUUUCAGAUUUAUUACUCUCAAUUUGAUGAACAGGUAAAACUUGUUUUUGAGAUCUAUGAUUUUGACUGUGAUGGCUAUAUUACCAAGGAAGACGUCCGCAUUAUUCUCUCUUAUAUCCCAAUUCUGAAGGAUGUAGAUGGGGAGGAAAAGGUAAAAGAAGGAGCUUUCUCACAGUCUGGUGAGACAUGCGAGGGUUUUGAUACUCGGAUUAAAAUACAGGAAGAAAUCUCUGAACUGCUAGAUUUAGCUUUUAAAGACAAAGAUAGUCUAAACCUUGAUGAAUUCCAAGAGAUUAAUGAAACUAUUAGCUCAGAUAUGCUCGUUAUAGUUCUGACUUUGAUCAAAGAGAAAUUACCAUGUAGUGAAAAGUUUUAUAAAAUCCAGCAAGAGUUUCUGGAAAACAAGGAACAAGAGGAAAUGAAGAGAUUAAAUACCAGAGGGCUGUGUGUAGAGACAAGGAGUCAGAAGUCUAUCCCAACUCCUAAUAUUCUCAAGUCCUUAUCUCCUCUUGCUCAGCAUAGUUGUGGAGACCUCUCUUCUCCAGUUAGUCAUUUGAGAAAAGUUAUGACACAAGAUACAUUUGGAGAAUUCACUUCAUGAAUCAAAGAAAAAGAUAUUGAUUUGAAAAAAUUUGGUUCAAAGAACAAGAAAGAUGGAGAGGAUUCCUCAAACUCCACUAAGGAAGAGUCUGUGUCUCCAACCACAAAGCAUGACUUAGUAAGGCUUGCUAACAAAGCCUCUGAUCCGAAGAGCUUGCUCGGGAAGGAUAGAAGGAAUUUGUUUGCCUCUCCAACUUCCUUCCUGAAAGGUACCAAAAGUAUCAAAGAAGAAAAUGAAUCAAGUCCUACAACUAAGGAAGCAAUCGAGCAUGAAGGAGAAAUGAUGCGCCAAGCUAGCAAGGAUAGGUAUAAAAAGUAUUAUUACCGCCUAUUUGACAAAGAAUUUUAUGUAUACAAAACUCAAAAGGACAAGGUACAUAAGACAAUGAUCAACCUUAUUGGAGUGUUUUUGAGAGUAGAGAAGAAGGAGCCUCUUGAUCAGAAGAAUGUGCUGUAUCCCUUCACACUAAUCUUCCCUAACAAGGAGAGAACUUUCUUCCUCCUAUCAAAGAAAUCACGAGAUGAGUGGGUUGCGAAGAUUAAAAAGGCCAUUGGCUAUGCUCACCUUUACGAUUACUACGAAGUGAAGCACGCUAUUGGUAAGGGCAAGUUUGGCACCAUCAAACUUGGUGUGCACCUGAAGACCGGGAAGAAGGUUGCCAUUAAAAUUAUGAGGAAGAAGAAUAUGUCAAUGCAAGAUAUUGUUAUGCAGAAAAGGGAGAUAGAAAUUUUGAAAAUCUGUCAACAUCCAAGUAUUAUCAGACUCCUUGAUCUUUUUGAAAACCAUGAUUACAUCUACAUUGUAAUGGAGUACUGCAAGGGAGGAGAUCUGUUCACAUACCUAGAGAAGAGGAACUUCAAGAUUCCUGAAUCAAAAGCCAGUGAACUUUCGCACUCCAUUACUACAGGGAUUUUUUACCUUCAUAGUUUUGGAAUAGCUCACCGCGAUUUGAAACCGGAAAAUAUUUUGAUGACGGAUGAUAGUGACGAUGCCACUCCAAAGUUGGUUGAUUUUGGCCUAUCGAAGAUAAUAGGACCUAAGGAGACAUGUAAUGAUCCAUUUGGAACAUUAUCGUACGUUGCUCCAGAAGUACUACUUCAAAAACCUUAUGACAAGAGUGUCGAUCUGUGGAGUCUCGGAGUAAUCAUUUAUUUGUUGAUUUCAGGAACCCUUCCAUUUGAUGACGAAGAUGAUCGGGAAAUAGCAAGGCAGACUCUUCAAGAUGAGCCUGAUUUCUCUUAUAAGAUUUGGAAGAAAAAGGAUAAGGCAACAAUAGAACUUGUCAGUAGUCUGCUUGAGAAGGAAAAGGAUGACAGAAUGGACUUAUCAUCUGUUUUACAACACCCAUGGAUUCUCAAUAAAAGUGAAAAGAUCGCUUUGCAGAGGAGAAACAGUGGAGAUUCUUCUGCAGCUAAAUUCAAAGCCUUCGCUAUGACUGAGGAUUUUCAUGAUUCUGACUCGAAGUAAACUCAUCGUACCAGCGACGUAUUUUAUAAUUCAUAUGUAUUUCUUUUAAUAUUUCUUG